AUGAGCAAUAUCCCACAAUCAUAACAAGCACAACAAGCACCUUAAGCACCACAACCAUAUUAUGGACAACCCAGCUAUGCCUAACCAUAUGGUGCUCCUCUUUCACCAUUGAGAUAUUCCUAUGCUCCUCCCGUCGUCCAAUAGGUCGUUCCUUAAACCUAUGUACCUCAAUAAGUGAUCCCUUAAACCUAUGUGCCUCAACAAGUUGUUGCCCAACCAGUCGUUGCUCAACCAGUUGUUGCUCAAUCUGUUGUUGCAUAACCAACAAUCAAAGGUGAGAGCAGAAUCGAAUAUGUUCCAUACGAGAAAACUGUGCUUGAAUAUGAAGAAGUGAGAUAAAGAAUCUAAGUGCCAAGAGAGAAAUAUGUUACCGAUUAUUACGCAGUUGAAUAUCAAACUGAAUAUGUACCAUAAGUCUUCUAAGAAAAAUUUACAGAAUACGUCCCAGUUGACAGAUAUCAAGAAAGAGUUGAAUAUUACCCAGUCGAGAGAUAAGUCGUUCAUCAACAACAAGUCUAAUAAGUUGUUGCCCAACCAGUCUAAUAAGUUGUCACUCAAUCAGUCGUCCAACCAGUCUAAUAUGCCCCAUAACCAGUCUAAUAUGCCCCAUAACCAGUCCAAUAUGUUCAACAACCAGUCUAAUACGCUCCACAACCAGUUCAAUAUGCCCCAGCUCCACUUUAAUAAACUUCCUAUGUUCCUGCUCCAGUUGCCAGUCUUCCAUUAGCCUAGACUCAAAUACCAACCAGAACAGUCCCAUAAGCUAGACCCCAAUAACCAUUAGACAGAACAUAAGCUUAAAAUCCAAGACCAAACCCACAAGCACCCCAAUAGCCACAAUAGAAGUAAAAGAGCUUUUUAGACAGACUCUUUGAUAGAGAUUGAUUAUCAUAAUCAUUUAUAUAACAUAUAAUCCAUAUUUUGCUUAAAUUAUAAA